AUGGACUUUAUGAUUUCACAGUUCUGCGAUGAGAACUCACACCAUGUGUUCAAUACCAACAACAGGAAAUCAACUGAUGAUCUUUACACACUGCAGUGCGUUGACGAAAAAAUCUCAAAUAAAGAGAAUCGACUGCCACCUGAAAUGGAACUUGGUAAUAUAGAAUAUAAGGUAAAACUAGUUAACCCAUCUUCUUCACGUCUCCAGCACUUAAUCACACAAAUGAAAUGGCGUUUAAGAGAAGGACAAGGAGAAGCUAUCUACGAGGUCGGGGUUGAAGAUAAUGGUGAGUUGCGUGGUUUAUCCGAUGUCGAAUUGGAGGAAUCACUGGUUACAUUACGAGCGAUGACACACGCUCUUGGUGCUAGCAUGGUUAUCUUAACCGAGAAAGACGUAACCUCUCGUAAUAGCUGCCCACGUCGUAGAGUCGUUGAAGUCUUAGUCCGCAAAGUUCCGGAAUGCCAACAGUUCAUCGAGUUGAGGUUAGCCGUACUAGGAGGUGCAGACGUUGGUAAAUCUACGUUGUGUGGUGUUAUGACGCAAGGUUGUCUUGAUGAUGGCAAUGGGAAGACCCGUCUGAAUCUCUUCAGGUUUCCUCAUGAGGUUCGUAGUGGUAAAACAAGUUCAAUAUGUCUAGAUGUGAUCGGAUUUGAUUCACAAGGAAAGCUUGUCAAUUAUGCCCAAAACAGCCUGGAGGAACUCGUUGAGCGUUCUAAAAAAUUAAUAACGCUAAUUGAUCUUGCCGGUGAUUCUAAAUAUCUGAAAACUACCAUACAUGGAUUAUCUGGAUAUAAUCCCCAUUUUGCUUGUCUAUUGGUGUGUGCUGAAACUGGGCCUACUGCAGCUACCAAAGACCAUCUUGGACUUGCCGCGGCUCUCAGUAUUCCGGUUUUCUUCAUAAUAACGAAAUGCGAUCUUGUUACAAAAGAGCAGCUUCACAGAGUGGUCAAGUCGGUAUCUUCUUUGCUGUCUCGGGCAGGCAUGAAUGCUGGUGUCAGGCGGAUCAAAAGGAAAAGAGAUGCUGUCAAAGCCGCAGGUGAGCUUUGUUCUAUCGGAACGGUGCCAAUCUUAUGUAUCUCGUCAGUCACUGGCGCAGGGCUUGGCCUUCUUCGCUGUUUUCUCAAUGUGUUACCUCCAACUGGAACUACAGGAGCUCGACUUCAGUUGAUCACACAAUCUCCCCUUUUUACAAUAGAAGAGAUGUUUAACGUUCCACAUGUCGGAACUGUGGUCGGUGGAAUGCUAUGGUCAGGACGUCUUCAGGAAGGGGACUCGGUUUUGGUUGGACCGUAUAGAGAUGGAAGUUUUGAGAGGGCAAGUAUUGGUUCUAUUAGACGUAGUCGUCAACCUGUCCAAGCAGUCUUGCCGGGUGAGGCAGUCAGUAUUGCUCUUCAUCGACGUUCUGAGCCUUCACUACCUUUGAGACGAGGAAUGGUAUUGAUGUCCGUAUCUUCCAAACCAUCAUGCUGUCAUCGAUUCGUCGCAUCUUUGUUCCUGUUGUCUCACUCCUCAUCCUAUCUUUGCAUUGGCUUUCAGGCUACAGUGUACAUUGGUUCGGUUCGACAAACUGCUGCUGUAGUGGAUAUGGAUCGACCAUCACUAGGACAAGGAAAAUGGGCCACCGUUAUGUUCGAGUUAAUGAGUGGUCCAGAACAUAUCAGAGCUGGCACACCACUAAUACUUCGCCAAGGAAGGACAAAAGGGAUGGGUGAAGUAAUUGAAAUUAUGGAAAACCGAGAGUGA